CGGCAGCGAGCACCUCCAAACCAAAAUGAGGACGCUGACCAUUACGUUAUGGGUGGUGCUGGCAAUCUCAGCAUCCCUAGCAUUACCCAUCAAGGAUGCGGAGCAGGACGCUGAGUUGAUCAGGGAGAAGCGCUCGCCUGGAGGUUGGCAUUCACCACCACCACCGGAAGGAGUAUGGAAGAAGAAACUCGUUUGGAAAGAAGAAUGGAAACAGAUCUGGAAAACUGAUAAAAAGCUUAUUUGGAAGACGGAGUGGAAAAAAGAAAAAGUGCCCGCCUGGAAAACAGAAAAAGUUCAACAGUGGAAAGAGGAACAAGUUCCCGCGUGGAAAGUAGUGCAAAAACCUAUCUGGAAAGAAGUGCAAGUCCCCAUCUGGAAAGAGGUCCAGGUUCCAGACUGGAAGAAAGUGUGGAAACCGGUUUGGAAAGAAAUUCAAGUACCUAUAACCAAAAACAUACAAGUACCCGAAUGGAAACAAUCACACGUCCCGGCAUGGGUGAAAGAGGGUGUUCCCGGAGAAAAAUUCUUAGGUAAGGACGAGCAUGGAUGGGAAUACACUAGCCACGACUUGUGGAGAAAGAAGAUGAUCUGGAAGCCAGUAUGGAAGAAAGUUUGGAAAACUGUGCAGAAACAAGAGUGGGUAACCGAGAAAAAAUUGGAAUGGAAAGAAGAGUGGAAGCAGAUCUGGAGAACUGAGAAGAAGCAAGCUUGGGUAACAGAGAAAAAACAGGAAUGGAUUGAAGAAAAAGUACAAGUAUGGAAGACGGUAAAAAAAGAAGUCUGGGUACCUGUCCAAAAGAAAAUUUGGAUUGAGAAAUGGAAACAAAUCCAAGUGCCCGUCUGGAAGACCAUUGAAGUUCCUGCUUGGAAGAAAGUAUGGAAGCCAGUAUGGGAAAAGGUCUGGGUGCCCAUACAUCAUGAACACCACGAACACCACGGCUGGGAUUAAAAAUAGGUAUUAACCAUGACAUUUUGUAUAUAUAGUAAUUUUAAUUUUGAUCUUAGUCAUUGUUACAUUUUUGUUACCGAUCUACCAAGGAUAGAAAAUAUAAAAUAAUCAAAUACCAAAAUACUCAAGGGAAGCGAUAUUUAUCCCAGACUGGUAAGUGUUAAUUUGAUAAUUAUCAUGGCGUACGCGGAGGCGAAUGCUUUAGGCAUUAGGCGACUGUGAAUUUUUCAAUUUGCAUAUGCGAAAUGUAUUUGACUUUGCGUGCGCCCUAGAAAGUGAAUUUACAAUUGAGCUUACUGAUUCUGUUACUAUCCAACUAACGUGUAUAAAAGUAUAUUCACUUUCUAUGAAGACGACUAACUUUCAUGUUGAUUGUUUUAAAAUUUAUAGUA